GAAAAAAAUGAAGCUUUCCCACCAUGAACAGGCAAAAAAGCUGAGCACCACAGGCAGCCACAGACCUGGCAGGGUCUCUGGGUGGGGGGAACAGAGGGUGGCACCUCUGGCUGCUCCUCUGCCCCCUGCCACUGCAUGGAGCAGCAGCGGGAUGAGGGCUGAUCAUGCUGCUCCCCUCUGCUUUGUCGGAGUGUGGCUGUGUUUUUUGGCGUGGCUUUGCCACCAGAGUUAUAAAUAAAAAUGUCUCUCCAAGAGUGCGUGACUCACGGUCCUCACCACAAGGAGAACCUCUCUGCUGGGAAACCUGAUCUGAGGAUGGAACUGCAGCAUGCAGGAAUCAAAGACAUCGCCUAAUUAAUGCACUUAAUCCAAAGGGAGAACAGAUGAGCCCCUCACCCCACCUGGGUUGGGGGUGGGCUGCUGGAGAAUGUGUCUGAGCCCCUCUGGACGCCUGUCCUGUGUCAUCCCCAGGCUCCAGCUGCUGACAAGCCAGCCCUCAACCUGCUCCAGGGCCUGGUGGUUUCCCUCGGGCAGCAGCAGGGAGUUGUGGCAGUCGCUGACGUGGCCUCAAGCAAGCUCAGCAAUUUCUUUGCCACCCUGCUUGUGGGUGCUGGUGUUGCCUCAGCGUGAGGUAUCCCAGCGUGUGAGGCUGUGCCAGCCCUGUGCCUGGCACGGCAUCCCCCAGGCUGGGACCCCUGCCCCACGGGGACAGGGACGUGCUGUGCCCCAGUGCCCCAGCCCGGGGGGACCUGGUUUAUCCCGGGGGUAGGCGACGGCGGGGCGACAGCUGGCUGGAGGAUUUGCCGAGGGCAUUAUUUAACGCUGUGGGUAAAUGGAGGAACAGCAGCUAAUUCCGGAGUCCGUAAUCCUCUUCCUCCCCCGGGGACGGGGAGCGUGCCAGUCACGAACCCACCGGCGGGCCCCGGGACGAGCCCCCGCAGCUCCCCAGGCGGUGCCGCGGGCCGGAGCCACUCCCGGACCAUGGGUGAUGUGCAGAAGGGGCUGCUCUCUGUCAUCCAGAAGCUGAAGGGAUCCCCGGAGCAGGAGCUCCGCAUCGUCCUGCUGGGGCUGGACAACGCGGGCAAGACGACGCUGCUGAAGCGCCUGGCGUCCGAGGAGGUCAGCACCAUCACCCCCACACAGGGAUUCAACAUCAAGAGCGUCCAGUCCCACGGUUUGAAGCUGAAUGUUUGGGACAUCGGCGGGCAGCGCUCCAUCCGCCCCUACUGGAAGAAGUACCUGGGCAGCACAGACCUGCUGAUUUACGUCAUUGACAGUGCUGACCAGAAGCGUUUCGAGGAGACAGGGCAGGAGCUGGCAGAGCUCACGGAGGACGAGUCCCUCACGGGGGUCCCGCUGCUGGUGUUUGCCAACAAGCAGGACCUGGUGACUGCAGCGCCCGCGGCCGAAAUCGCAGAAGGGCUGAGCCUGCACACCUACCGGGACCGGGAGUGGCAGAUCCAGGCCUGCUCGGCCCUGUCUGGGGAAGGGGUGCAGGAUGGGAUGAACUGGAUUUCCAGCCAGAUCAUGAACAGGAAGAAGUGAGAGCUGCAAAGUGCCAGACGGGACUGAGCUGCAGAGCCUGCUGUGACCCACACACCGCCAGGCUGUGUGCCCCUGUGCUCCCGCAGGAUGCGGCUGCUGCUGCCCCAGCCGCGGCAGCUGCUCGGCAAAGCCUCCGUCCAGCCGGGCACAGGAGUCCCCGCGUGCGCACAGGACUCGGGACAGGCACGAGGACAGGAGCAGUCACCACUGGAGGGAUCUGCUCUGUGCCGCCGAGGGGUCCCUGUACCCCUGGGCUGGUACCACUCGCACUGUGUCCCAGGCAGGGCUGCUGUUGCCUGGCUCAGGUGUCCAUCUGGAGGGCCGCGAGAUUCCGCUCCCGGGCCAGCACGGCUGCCGUGGCGGAGGGACGGGGCAGACCUGCGGGAGCGGGGCGGGGGCUGCCCGGCCACCCUCAAUAAAGCGGCUGUCACCUCCGCGCUGCCUCGGCCUGUCCUUCCUGCUGCGCGGGCGGC